UUUCUGAGGUAAACUCGUCCAGUCUCGAGAGGGUCUACAUCAUGACACUGAUGGAUUGUGCAAUUUCAGCUGUUUUGCCAACCAUUUGUCGAGCUGACAGUCGACCGUGCAUCUAGGAUGCUUCUCCAGUAACUGUUAGGUCGCCAACUAUCUGAAACAGCGUGACAUUUUUAAAGAGUGAAGAAGGAACGUAUUUGAGGUCAUGGGAAACUUGGAGAGCAUAUGGUGGAUUGUGGUUGAGUCUGCCUGCAGGAUCCUUGGUGUUUCUACAGCAACAGUGCUGUGUGCUGUGGGAGUGGAGACGAUACAUCAGGGAGAAUUCAAAAGCCUCGGCAUCUACCUACUAGCGUCGUCUGUUGGCAUCAUGAUAUUUGAGUUGGCCUAUUUUCUGGAUACUCUGCUGGUCAUGUGUCUACCAUGUCCUCCAGACUGGCAGCUGUUUGUGCUGUGGGGGAAGAUGGCUCACAUUGGAGGCUUCCACAAAUUCCUCUAUUACUCCAUCAUGUCAGUGGUUUGCUUCUUGCACCCUGUGUUGGUGUGGCAUGCAGUUAUCCCAGGGACAAUGCUUCUGGUGACAGCCUUUUUCAACUUCAUACUAAGCAAGAAAGCAAAGACCAAGGCUCCCAAAAGGCCACAGGAGAGCUACAGCGACCAAGGCCCGACCACCGUCUGCGUGACAGAGCGGACAGGCUCAGACAGCACUUUCCCCUUCCUCCAUAUGGUGCCUGGACGGAGAGGAGAAGGGCUGGCACUGGCAAACAGAGAUCGUUGCCUCAGCGUGGGGGAGAGAGGGGAGAGCGUCCAGGCCAUGCUGGAGAUGGAGCAGACAGCAUCACCAAAAGACACAGACAGGGAGAGGAGGAGGUGGAAAGAGAGGAGGCUGAUAUUCUUCAGAGGCAGGGAGGAGCCUGUGGAGAGAGAGAUGGAGGAGAUGGAAGGAUACCGUGAGCCGGAGCCAGAUACCACCUCAGACACUGCACCUAUGAUUACUGACUGAACGCUGCUCUGCGCUCACACUGCGCUGAGAAAACACACAAUGAAAAGCAUCUUUAAUGUAUUUAUGCUGACUGGAUGCAACUAGCUGAUGCUUCACUUCAGCUGAAUAGAAAUUAUAAAAAGCCAUUUUGGAGUGUUUGGUCAUAAAAUAUUGUAUGUUUUAUGUGAUUACACACUAAACAUAAAGAUGAUUAGAGUUUUUUUUUAUUAAAUAUUCUACUGAUUUGUAUGUUUUUUACUUCAAGAAGAUAUCUUUGUACAAACUAAAACAUAUGGAAUCUGUUGUAAGUAUUUUAAAUUACAAUUAAAAGAG